CAACAACACUCUCUACGCUUAGUCUCAUCAUUUUUCGAUUUGAGAGAAUAUUCAACGGCGUGCAGCUCGAGCUUUUUCGGUUAAUAAUUUUUUAACAUCAUCAAUUUGAACAAAAAGCUUUUUCAUUAGGAAUAAUUCUUAGUAUCAUUCUCAUCAUCAAAUAAUAUUUAUUCUACUACUAUUAACAGUUAGUGAUAUCCACAACAAUACUCCUCCAAAAUCUUAACAUCAAGAAACUUCUAAUAAUAACUCUUUCUACAUUUAAAAGAGUUUGAACACACUUAUCGCCUCACCUUAUCUCUUUCCUUCCAAAAUAAAAACAAUGAACGACACUGACCUUGACGAUCUCCCAGACAAUUUACCAAUGAGUGUAUCCCCUCGUUUCUCAACGAAAAUUGCAAAUCAACUCAAUGCAGUUGGUAACUUUUCAAAUCCUCAAUACCAAUUCAUACCAAAGAGAAGAAAACGUAUAACUAACAACAACAACAAUAAUCAUCAUUCACUUGCUAGAAAGCCUAGCGUAGAAGUUUUAGAAGUACAAGAAGAAGAAGAUUAUAGUAUUGACUCGGGUUCUUCAUCACCCUUGGGGCAGUCGGUUGGAACCCCAUUCACAAUAGAAGAACAGAAUGAACCACCUCAACAUAUUUCACACAUGAACGAAAGUCCGAUAUUCAAUGCAUCAGCAAGUUUUAUCAACAAUUCCAUCCUCUCCUCCAAGCGAAUGAAAACCAAAGAUCCCCUCAAUAAUUCAGAACCAACUGAAGACGAACACAAUACCUCCUACUCACACCCUGAUCAAUCUUCCUACCACAAUCAAUAUGGAGAGCAUUCCAAAUAUUCCAACAACCAGACCAAUAAUGACAAGAAGAUUAAAUAUCCAAGCGUUUUCAGGUUUAUGAAAACAACAACAGUUGGAGGUGAUAAUAGUGGAAGCGAUAGCAGUAGCCCAGAAGAAGACCUUAUUGUACAGACAAAUAACACCAACACAAGCACACAUGUGGCAAAUACUCCUCUAGGUGAACAAGGAUCACUACAUUCCUUCAGAAAGGAAGUUUUGGCCAAGAAGAGAGCUUCCCAUGACCAUGGAUCAAUGGCUCCUCUGAAUCAUAACACCUACCAAGAAGAUCCUUCACUUAAUAAGAUUAAGGAUGAAAUUCAUCAGAGAAGAAAGAAGAAUUUGAUGGGAGAUCCUGAACGAAAUUCACCAAUUCCACAACAACCUCAACAAGAUAUACUGCAAGGAAAUGAAGUGAGGCGAAAUAAGCUCGAAAGGCAAUUCACAAAUCAGCCAGUUGGUUGUAAAAACUAAACUUGUAAAUUAUUGCAAAUGUGCUCUAGACCUAGGUCCUUUCCAAGGCAACACUUUGGAAAUUGAAAUUUAACUUAUUAUAAAGUACAAUUUUUAU